CAUUCUGUAGGUAAAGUCAAUCAAAUUCAUCUUGAUUUUUUAUCUUUUGAUUUUCCACGAGCAAAGGAUCUUUUUUCUAAUUUAAUUGCAUCUCUAGAAAGUAAUUUGAAAUUGAAAAAAAUGUCUUUACCACCACCAGUUAAAGUAUCACCUUUAAUCAAACUCGGCCGAUGGAGUUUCUUAGCUCUUGGAGUAGUUUAUGGAGCAUAUCAUCAAGGUAGACUAUCCAAAAAGGAAGCUGCUAUAAGAGAAAUUGAAACUCAACAAAAAGCUAUUAGAGAUGCAAAAAUAGCUGCUGAAAAGAAACGAAAUGCUGAAGCUGAAAUCAGAGCUUUGGAAGAAUUAGCAAAACCAGCUAAAAAAUAGAUAUUAGGAAAUAAAAAUCUUGUUAGAAUAAUAUAAUACAAGAAUAAAGUUAAUUUGAAAGAAA